CAGAACUGAAGUAGAAGUACAGAAACGAGAAUAAUACUGAUCCGAUAGUACCUAUCCAUCUAUGCCUUGUUUUUCCACAAAGAUAUUAUUUAUGUUCUAUAUCAGUAUCAAUGGUCGUAUAGUGUUAGGACGGUGAAACGGCCCUGCCAUAAUGUCCCAGUUGGAUCUCGACCCUCAAUUUAUGCAAGGACUCCGUCUCCUACAUUCUCCGAACAAGGAUUCAGCUGAGCAGCUUCGGUCCCUUCUCGAUGACGCGAUCAGACAAAAACAUGGCCCAGCCAAAAUGCUCUGCAACGUUCUUCAUAAAAAGUACACAAUGGAAGAGCCAGUGCUUAGCGAUCACAGCAGUGGUAGCAGCAAGAAGAGCAAAGGAUCCACCACAUCGUCCAAGCACUCGAGUAAAUCGAGUAAAAACAGUUCACCCAUCAACCUACCUUCGCACGAUACUCCCCCCGAUAUUCUCCAAUCAGACGACACUUUCGCUCUAGAGAUUCUAGAAGAUGAUUUAACAUGCGUCAUUUGCAAGGGAAUGGAUGUAGGGGCGAGGAACAGACUUGUGGAAUGCGUGGAAUGCCAUUCUCUCUAUCACCAGGAGUGCCAUACGCCUCACAUUCUGGAUACUCAAAUAGACGAUCCCAGACUAGUUUGGUAUUGUUCGAACUGUUCAAAAUCUCAACAGGCUUCAAAGGACAGAAGUUCGCCGAGAACUAUCGUCGAAGGGAAAUCCAAAGAUCACAAAAAGUCAUCAGGUUCUGCCUCGAAGCAUUCCGACAAGUACAAAUCAACUUCUAGCAACGUUACCACGUCGCAGUCUAAUAGCGGCGGCAACACACCGACAGGUACACCUAGCGUACCGAAACUCACGCCGAAUAUAAACAUUGUCAGUGGCGACAGAAGACUAAGGGAUAUGAUGAAGAAAGUGAAGCAAGAGAAACGCAGUAAUAGUAGUGGUAGUAGUAAGCACUCUGCGUCAAAUGCACUUUUGUCCUCGUCGAAAACUGCCCAAGAUAAGUCUUUACUAUUUAAGAUAAAAUCGGGCUCAGAAUGAAUGAUAGGAAUAAAAUAUCUUUGUUUUUUUUUUUU